UUUUCUUCUUUGUCUCCUUCUUCCUCUUCUCCUUCGUCCUCUCUCUCGUUCUCGCAAGGAGGAAAUAUCUUCUUUUUUUUUGUCCGCAAUGUGAUGGACACGCACGCGACCAUUUGCUGCUCUCACUUUUUUUUUACGAAGACCAUGCACGAUCGCGAUAAGGGGCCCAAUGCUUUUCUCCCAUCCCAUCGGACCACUGAAAGAGUCAAGCAAUAAUAAUACUUUCUAUUUGUUUGACUAUCAAUCCACUCAAUUGGUCCGCACAUACUUUUCCUUCUCAUACACAGUCAAUAUACUAACAUGCACUCCUGCUUUUGAUAGCGUUCUUUGCUGGCUCCCAAUGAGCUGCUGGUGGACCCCCAAUAUGAUGUCAUGGAAAUAUGAGCGCAGAAGCCAUGCCCUGAGCUGAAUUGGGUUCCCCUUUUCAGAGCAUCGUGAGAGCUAGACUCGCCUCAUUUUCGCCCUUGCAUGCAUAUUUCUAUAUCUCUUUCUUCUCAUCCUUCUCAUUAUAAUUCCCAUUUCUCAUUCAUCGCUUCCAGUCGUAUGACACUCUGCGGCACCACAAGGGUCGCCAGGGGUGUUGUCGGAUGGGCCCGACUCGCCUUCACUAAAACCCCUGGAUCUAUCACUCUAUCUCGAGAUAUUCGACGUUUUGCCUCGAGCGACUCACGGUCAGGAUACGGAUUUCGAUCUGCGGAGGGCCCCACAAAGGACAAACUACGCGUCGUACCCUUCAAGAUGAAUGUUAAACAAGCUGAGGAGGUGUUUUCAAAAUACCAUGGACAUAGCUUCUUUUCAGCCAAAGUCAAUCAAAUCGACAAAGUUGAGGCACUAUACAUUCCGUUUUGGGCAGCCAGUGGAUCUGUCAAAUCAAAGAUCAUCAAUGCGCAAGUGGGUUGGGACCGUCUCGUUACCAGAUACAACAAGGUCACUAAGCAGAACGAGUCGUCAUGGGAAACCACAUGGAAAGCAGUUCAGACCCAGCAUGAAUUCUCAACAACUUAUCCAAGCACAAUCCCAGGAUUGCAGAUCUACGCCUCCUACAAGUAUCGUCGCGGAUUUGUGAACCAGAUUAGAAGCAGCACUAGUAUCCUCGCUGCAAAGACAUUGCAGCCCCAGGAUAUGGAGUCCAAUGACCCAGAGGAUCUUCAGCGUGGGCUCCAUAACCGAGGACUGGAUCCUUUCACAAUGAAGCCAGUCAUCGCCCUCAAGUUUGUCAAGACUGCGAUUGAGGAGAACGAGAUCCAGACCAUUGAGCGUUGGCUGGUAGAGAACUACAGGUGUGACCGAGCCAGGAUCAUGUCGAUGGAUUUUCAGUACAAUGACUUAGUUUUGGCACCCGUGUACAUGCCGGUCUUCGUGUUUUCGAUCCAACAUUUGGACAGGACCUUCAGGACAUUUGUUCAGGCCCAUGAUGAAGUAGGACUUGUUGGAGGCAUGCGUUUUUACUCGUGGCAGCGUGUCAGUGCCGUGACGGCCAUCUGCGCCAUGGCGAGCCUGGCCAUCAUGGGCACCUCGCGCUUCGGUAUGACCAUGACCACUGGAUUCUGGCUCGGAGUCGUUGCACCAUCUUUGAUUGUUGCGUGGUCUGUGCUCUACUAUCCGAUCCUGGAUUAUCGAGUCAGAGAUUUGUGGCGACAACGAGAAAUGGCCGGCCAUGAAGAAGAAGCUUAUUCAUCUGCAUGGGACGCAGAUUGGACCAAAGCUUACGACAGAUAUGAAGAAGAGCAACGGAGACAGGACUGGAGCGAGAAUCAGCAAUACCACCGGCAGUCUUCACGAGGCUCAAGAUCCUCGUCGUCAUCAUCGUCAACAUCAUCGGGACCUUCUGGACCACCUGGUGACCCACAAGGGUACUAUGCGGUACUGGGUGUCCCUACCGACGCCUCCGUGCAAGAGAUUCAGUCAGCUUUCAGAGGACUUGCGAUGAAGUGGCAUCCUGACCGAUUUAAUACGCCUGAGGAAAAGGCCAAAGGCAAGAAAAAGUUCCAAGAAAUUACUGCCGCGUACAGCGUGCUGCGAGAUUCCAAGAAAAGACGCGCGUACGAUAUGUUUGGCCAGUCUUAGUAUAUCUUUAUCCUUAUUUUAAAGAAAAUAUAAACGGUAGCAAAUCAUCUUGGA